CUGUUAUCUUGUGGAUGUGGAUGGAGUAUAUUAUUUUGAAUUAUGGUAGUGGACGUGGGGUAGUAAAAAUUAUUUACCUUCUUUAAGUUUACUUGAGGACCGGUGUUUUAGAACUGGGGUGAAGCAUGGAAUAUUUUCAAUCAUCUUGGAAGUUUUAUUCAGCAUGCAUGUUUAUAUUCUCUUUGGAUGUGUUAAUAUCAGUAAAGCAAUCGCUCGCCAUUCCACAAGCUGAGAUAGAUAAACAUUUGGAAAUGGGAAAACUUUUCCUCUCCAAGGGUCAGCUACAAGAUGCUCUUUCGCACUACCAUGCGGCUGUUGAGGGGGAUCCAAAUAACUAUUUGACCUUUUUCAAGAGAGGCACAGUAUACCUGGCCUUAGGUAAGGCCAAACUGGCCAUCUCAGAUCUCGACAGAGUUUUGGAACUCAAACCAGACUUCACAGCUGCAAGGCAUCAAAGGGCAAAUGUCUUUUUAAAACAGGGAGACCUUCAUCCAGCCAAAGAAGACUUCACGGUUGUUUUUGAAGCAGAGGUAACCAAUGAGAUUCAAGAGUAUAUCCAGAAAAUAGACGUCCUCCAAAGGCACAUGGAACAUGCUAGGCAGCACAUUGAGGAACAAAACUACGAACAGUCACUGGAACUGUUGACACUAGUUCUCGAGGAUUGCCCUUGGUCAUACGAGAUGAGAGAACUACGGUCGUUGGCUUACAUGAGGAUGGGAGACUCAACGUCGGCCAUCUUGGAUCUGAGGUCGGCUAACAAGCUGCAGGCUGAUAGCACUGAUGGCUACCUCAAAUUGGCCUUGCUUCACUACCAGCUGGGUCAGGCACAAGAGUCACUUCGAGAAGUGCGAGAAUGUCUGAAACUAGACCCAGAACACAAAGACUGUUUUCCUCAUUACAAGAAAGUGAAAAAGGUUGACAAAUUAAUAAACGACUGCCAUAAUGCGGUGGAAGAGAAGAAUUACGCAGACUGCAUUGACUACGCUCUCAAGUUGUUGAAGGCCGAGGAACAAGUAGAGAUGAUCCGGUAUGUUGCCAAAGAGAAGUUGUGCCACUGUUACCUACACACUGACCAGGUGACACCUAGCCUGCAGAACUGCCGUGAGGCGCUGGAGAUACACAGGGACCCUGCUGUGUUGUGCGACCGAGCCGAGGGAUAUCUGGCGUCAGACAUGUUCGAUGAAGCAAUUAAGGACUACCACGAAGCAUUGGAUAUAAACAAGGACUUUCAUCGGGCAAAAGAAGGUAUAAAGAGAGCACAGAAACUACAGAAGAUGUCUGAAAGGAGAGACUACUACAAAAUCCUUGGCGUGGGAAGAAGAGCUUCAAAAUCAGAAGUAACCAAAGCUUACAGAAAAUUAGCUCAGAAGUGGCAUCCAGACAAUUUUCUAGAUGAAGAUGAAAAGAAAAAGGCUGAAAAGAAGUUUAUGGACAUUGCUGCUGCCAAAGAAGUUCUAACAGAUCCAGACAAAAGGGCCAAGUUUGACCAGGGUGAAGACCCCUUGGAUCCAGAGAACCCGCAUAACCAGCAGAACGGGUUCAAUCCCUUCCAACAGUUCCACGGCUUCCACGGCAGCCACUUCAAGUUCCACUUCAACUAGUGAACCAGAUUCAGAGUAGAAAAUAAUGUUUUAAUACAGUGACUACAGUGAUCAUUUCCAUGUCAAGUGAGGUUACUUUAUUAUCAGUUGUGUUGUUGCUGUGAUCUCCGUGUAUGUGUGAACACAAAUGUUUUAUUUAAGUCAGGGAAUACUUUCUCGGAACAAUAAAAUGCUUCUAUCUGAAAUGUAUAUUUUAACUGUAAAAACAUGGUGCUCCCUAUAAUGCCAUACAGGAACAUUUUUAAAUGUGAAUGAAAACGCUCAACUUUCAUGUGAGGUUUUCAAUUUAAAUAUGUGAAAAUGUUUGAAUUGGAGAUAUUAACUUCUUGGAUUGUUAUUUUCAUUGAACAUCAAACCUUGUAAAUUCCAUUCAUCCAUUCUGCCUUACUUCAGAGGUCACGUUCCGUACAAAACAUUUGUACAUAUGCCACAUUGUACUGUGAUGUGUUAUCUAGUUUUCUAUUUUUGUCACUUUGAUAUUGUUUUAUUUAUUUAAUUUUUGUUUUUGUACACUUCUCCAAAUGUGUAUUUAUAUAUUUAUCAUAUCAUUUUAGUGCUAUAAUUGUUUUUGAAUAGUUAUAUAGCAAAUUGUAAAACUUCCAUGCUUUGAAGUUUAAUCAGAAUUUAUAAUUUUUAUGUUUGUAGCCAAAGAGUUGUCCUGCCUUUUGAUAAUCGGUUCAGGCACACAACAAUCAAGUUUGCUGUGUAUAAAUUUCUAUAUCUGUACAAAUAUAAUAUCCAUUGGUUACCUUUGUCCCCCAUAAAUUUCAGGUUGAUUUGAUAAUCAAACAUAUUUUUAUGUUAAGCUCUACAUUUGUCAUGUCUUCUAAUUUACACGUCUUCUAAUGAUGGGUUUCAGUUCUAAAAUCAGUGAUUGGAUGUAGAUCAAGUGAUUGCUUUUAUCAUCUACACAUGUCACAUUUGUAGCUGUGGUAUGAAUUUUUGCUCACUCAGAAAUAAGCACAAAGUAAUACUGUCUUCUUGAAUGAUUAACCAUAAAAUCUGAAAGUUUCUCCUAGUUAAAAACUAAAACUAUCAGAACUCUAUCUUAACUACCCAAAUCUAGUUCUUCAUUCAUAGGAUUAUGUUUGAAAAACACAGUAUGUUAAAUGUCUGUUAUAUGUUUAUGAGUUUAGUUCAAGCCAGUUUUAACUUAUUUGUACCUGUAACUUUAAUGAACGGAAUUUUCUGGACCAUAGGUUUUGUUUUAUAUACAUAAAAAGCCAUUGUCUUAGAAUGUGAAUAUUACAUACGUCAAUCUUGAAACCUGUGUUAGGCUAUAAUUCGUUUUAGUCUUAAAUUUGUUUUGCCAUAAUUUAGUCGUGUACAAAAAUGUAUCAUACUGAUAUGUACAUAAUAAAUAAGUUACUAAUUUAAA